AUGUCUGGUAUAGAGGUAGCCAGCCUCGUGAUUGGCGUCUUACCAAUCUUGGUAGAAGCUGUCAAGUCAUACACGACGAUUUAUCAAGGGUUCCAAACUUUUCGCCAUUAUUCCAAAGAGGUCAGGACUUUUUCAGUACAGCUAAAGACUCAGAAGGGUAUCUUCAGUAACGAAAUACGUCUCCUGCUACGCCUGGUCGAAGACGCAAAGAUUGUCAACGAGAUGAUCGAAGAUGCAAGCGACAGCCGUUGGGCCAGCAAGCAGCUCAAUGAUAGGCUAUGUGAGAUUCUUCAACACGACUUUGAGUUAUACAAAGACACAAUAGAAGAAACAGUCAGGAUAGUGGAACAACUGAAGCUUGAAGUUGAGAAAUACAACGUUCUCCUUGCAGACAAAGUGCAGACAGACACCAUCAGAUCUACGAUCAAGCACCUUCGUGGAGCGGUGAAAAUCACGUUCGACAAGUCAAAGCACGAACUAUGGCUGGCAAAGCUACGUGAUAGGAACGCCGACCUGAGCGCGCUUCGAAAUCAACACGAGGCCUUUCGCCAACAAACUACAUCGGUCUCAGAGACAGUAGUGAGACAUAAAGUCCUGCCCGUUCACUUUGACAAGAUACAAGAAGCUUCGCAGAAGCUUCAUGAAGCUCUCUGCCGGUCCUGGUGCUGCGAUGAUGCCGCGCAUAGGGGCCACUAUGCCAAGCUGUGUGUGGCCGCUGAAGCAAAUGCUGAGGUUCAACUCGAUCUUGCAAUCUCCUGCCAAGAGCCCUCCGAUAAUGAGAGAAACCCACUGUCGUCAGAACCUCCACUAUGGCUCUACGUGCAAUCAAUGAGUAUGUCUGGGCAGCAAAUUGCGCAAAGAAUGGCAGCAACGGAGCUGUUUAAUCUGCAGUCUUCCAUACCUGCUGAGCUCAGACUCGAAUGCGGGCUGUCCAUUCCAAAGAACAAGCACCCACAUGAUCCCUCCCAGCAGCCACGUUGUCGAAAAAAAACGAAAAAAGUGCAUUUUGCAGAUGCCACGAUAGGUCUGGAUCCUCAUCCGAGUGUAGCUGUAGACUCUCUGUCAGUGGCUCCUGUCGAGGCAAAUCUCUGCUUGCAGAAAGAUAUAUGUCACUACUUAAGGCAGACUACGAAUUCUUCAAACACCGCGGUUGUGGGACACUGCGUGGGGUACCUGGAGACUCCCCAAAUCUAUAAACACAGGUUUUACUUACGACGGGCCGGGAAUACGGGUAUCACCGCUCCAGCGGACGCUACGGUCUCAACCAUCUAUUCUCUGUUCGAUAUGAUGCGAAAGGAGGCAGACGACACUAUGGAGACGGAAGACCAGUUGAAGCUCGCCCACAAGACCGCAUUAGCGAUGCUCCAGUACAACGAUACUCCAUGGCUGAAUGAGCGUUGGAGACUUGGAGACCUCAACUACUUUGGUUCCAAGGGUGCUUUCGACGAGACCGCUUUCAACUCGCUGCAUCUCAGCUCGCAGAUACCUGCGCCGCAAAGACCAACGCCAAUCGCCGCCAACAUGGAAGGCAUCCAAGGCCCUGCAAAAAUCAUCAGCGAAAAGGUGCAGUAUGGUAUCAACAACGUCACGCUUUUCUUCCUUGGUGUCGCCCUUCUCGAGAUUGCGUACUGGAAGCCUAUCGAGGACCAGAUGAAGCCCGGCGACCACAACAAUCAGAUCUAUGCUGCCCGCCGGAUCGCUUCAUCAAGGCCGUCGAGUCUCGGCCCGGCGUAUCAGAAGAUCGCAGAGAAAUGCUUGCAGUGCAACUUUGGAUUUGGCACGAAGCUCGAGAGCAAGAGGCUACAGACGGCUGUGUAUAACGAUGUUGUGUGCGGGCUGGAAAAUUUACUUAUUGAUUGUUGA